UGUACCUACCUAUUUCCUAAUGUUGGGUUUUUAUUUGAAAAGCAUUGAUGUCAAAUGAUAACCAAUGUUAAAAAAAAAUCCACAGCUAGAUUGAGUUGGGUAGUAAGUAGGGCAAGAUCUUGAAGUCCAUUUGAAUUGAAGCUUUAAAACUCAACUGUGACUGUAUUAACAAAAUUUGAAUAUAAACUUCUAAUCAGUAAAAGGUAUCCAAACCAUAUAAGUAUGUAUAUUUAGCGUGUUGCAUGACACCCUAUAAAAUGGGUAUUGAUUUACCUCAAUAUCGUACUGUAAUCCGCUUAGCAAACAUGUGACACAAACAUUUUGCGAACAAUUCCUUAUAAAAUAAGAUACCUUAUUAUUUAAAUAAACAGCCAUUAAAUUCCUACAAAAGUUCAUACAUACACGUAACAAAAAAAAUAGUUUUGAACCCCAAAAAUUGUUGAUCGAGUUCGGACGCCGGCGCCGGCGAUAAAAGUAUCUACCCCAGAAUUAAUAUCAGAAUCACUAAGCUCCUCUUAUCCGACCUUACUUUUACUACUCCUGCUUAAAAGUUACAUCUGUGCGAGAACAGUACAAAAUAUGAGUGGUGCUACCUAAUAGUCGCCUGUCAUAAAAAUGUUGUCAACCCCGACAUAAUUUAAUUAGUGGGUAAGUAACGUAAGAAUGAAAUAACAUUAGAGAAAUCAAACUACUCGGUUAUAGAAUAGGUAUUGCACAAUCUUUUCCUUCCUGUUAAACAAUUUAGCUCUCGAACCGAGUUAUUAUUUGAGUGCGCUGGAUUUCUCGUUCUAACAAAAGGUUGCUAUUUUAUUUUUUUAAGGCGUCUAAAUGUUUCUUUUGUGAAAUGGCGUUAUUUUCGUAUUUGUUCGGGCUGUUUUUAGCAUGUGUGUCUUAUAUAGUGUAUCAAAAAUAUGCAAAUGUGUACACAAGUAUUAUUAGCAAGCCGCAGAAAAGGUACGAUUACAUAAUAGUCGGUGCAGGCACAGCUGGCUGUGUUCUCGCAGCCCGUCUUACCGAGGAUCCAAAAAUAAGAGUGCUGUUGGUGGAGGCUGGUGAUCACAUGGGCUACUUCACCAAGAUCCCACUCACACCCACGGCGGCGCAACAAGGACCUGAUGAUUGGUCUAUACGGACUAAGUCGCAGAAGUAUUCUUCAUUUGGUCUAUGGAGACAAUCACAAUUCAUCCCAAGAGGCAAAGGGCUCGGUGGAUCAGGCCAAAUAAACUUUCUGAUGCACGGCUUUGGAUUGCCUGGUGAUUACAAAAAGUGGCCUGAACUUGGCUUUGAUAAAUGGACAGCAGAGAUAUUGAGGCCGUACUUUAUAAAGGCCUUCGGUACAGUCAGGAGUGAAUUUGAUUCUGGUCAUUGCGCAGUGGAUGGGGAAUGUCCGGGAGCUAAGGUCCCAAUGAAACUAAAACAAAUAAAUGAAGAAGACGAACUUAUGAACACAUUCAUAGAGGCAUCCACCAGCUCGAAGGAUAAAACCACAAUCUUUAGGAAACCAACUGCUUACAUCAAGGAUGGAGCAAGACAUUCAACUUACGAUGCUUAUCUGAAGCCAGCGUUGAGGCGGAAAAACUUACAUGUACUGCUUAGGACACAAGCUGUUUCUAUUCGUUUCGAGAACACCACAGCGUCAUCACUCUACAUCCUACAGAAUCACCGCGACCUCGACAACAUUUUCGUUAAGAAGGAGAUCAUACUAUCAGCAGGCGCCAUUCACACUCCGCAGCUAUUAAUGUUAUCUGGGAUCGGGCCACCGGAACUACUGCAAAGGUUAAAAAUAAGGCUAGUGUCAGAAAACCCUGAUGUCGGUAAAAACCUGCAUGACCACAUGAACAUGCCAAUCUACGUCAGCAUAAAAAAACCGAUCAGCGUCACUUUAUCUAAAGUGUUCACCUUUAAUACUCUCACGGAAUAUUUCUGGAAAAACACGGGACUAUUGUCAUUUCCACCUCUAUCUGGUUUGGAGUAUCAGAACACGUCAGCGGUCAUGUUGUUCUCCAUGGGAACAGCAAGCGAGAGACUGCUCAGAGACUUGUCCAACUAUAAACCUCAAGUAUUCCGAGAUACUUUCCCAUUCUACAACGUCACAAGCAAGGAAGGUUUUAUGUUCCUAUCGACUUGCGUCCAGCCGCGAAGUCGGGGUACCGUCACGCUGGCUGGCUUCACGACCGCCAUGCCGCCGGUAGUGGACCCUAACUAUCUGGAGCAAUAUUAUGAUGUGCAGUGUAUGAUCAAAGCAAUAAGAAGAGCUGAACAAUUAGUAUCAUCGAAACCAUUUCAAGAAAUUGGAGCGAGGAUACACUGGCCACGACCGGAACGGUGCCUUUCAUUAUGGAGGUAUAGCAAAGAGGAGCAAAAAGGACCGGUUCUAAGAAGGAGGAAAAUCACCAAGAACCAGCCAAAAGCUAAAGAACCUCAGUCACCGAAGGCAAGGCAGAUACCAAGUCCACCAGACGCCUUCCUGGAGUGCAUCAUCAGGGAAGUGGCGGUGACGGGGCAUCAUGUUGGAGGCACUUGUGCGGGAGGCACUGUUGUAGAUCAAGAGCUACGAGUGAAGACAGUGUCCGGACUUCGUAUUGUGGACGCCAGCGUGCUACCUGCGCCUAUAUCUCUAUUCCCGAACUCUGUGAUUGUCGCCAUCGCUGAACGAGCGGCCGAUCGCAUACGACAAUCAAUUAAAUAAAUAUAAAAGGAAUAUAUCUUAGUUUUGUUUUUCCCCUACCACAAUUCGAUACAAAAAUUCAGUUCAUUAGCAAUGCUGGCCGCAUCUGGCAAUUUAAAUUGUGCAGUCGG